AGUCUAAUCACAAACCCGCUGUCUUGCCAUGUGGGACAAACGACCCCUCAGUUAUGACAAAAAUUCAGAGCGGAGCAGAAAUAUCUUUGCUACCUUCGUACUACGCUACGGGAGGGGCUUUCUCCUCCUUCCCCUUAUACGCAGCUAUGCACCGGAUCGGAAUGUUUCGCAGUAUCUCUAUUAGGGUUAUCUGCAUGAGGGGUUUGUGCGGCAUGAACGCAGCUUCACGCAACAUCAUGGACCCCGCAUCGAUUGCCGGUAUGGCAAGGCAAUAGUCUGUCCCAAAGCUCGGUGGCAUAUUAUAAAUUUCCCCCGCUCUCUUCCCGUUAAUGCCAAGUUUCCCGUGAGGAGACUUGAUUGUUGGCAUGGUAGUGCAGUCGAAGUCUAUAAAGUUCACCAGACGCUCUGCCCUGCUCCUCCAUCUCAAACCAUCUUCUCAUCUCACAACGAGUUCCAACCUUGCAAAGUCGAAAGCAGAGGCAACAUUCCUCUUUCCCCAAUCCAUAAUCAUGCCCGAACCCGUUGACCUCGGCAAACUCGUCGACCUGAACCCAGGUCUCGGGCCCCAGCCGCCCAUGACCUACGAUGGCAUCAUGGAAGCUGCUGGCAGGUCUACUCUUUCAGACAAGGAAAUUGCUGAAAAGGCCAAAGAGGAAUGGGAUAGCUUCCCGUCCAUCUGGUUCUGCAACUUCCCCGACCAGCCUUCCACUUCGAUGCAGCAGCGGCUGGCGGAAUACAUGCAAGACAUCAAGGACUACCGUAGCUGGGCAAGCCUGAUCUGGUGGCGCACCGUCUUCAGUCAUCCCGACAUGCCGCAAGACUCCAGCAUGCAGUCCCGUAUCCGACGAAGUGCUUAUUGCGCCAGAGUCGGCGUGCACCACAUGAAGACCACGCCAUGGCUUUCAAUCAGCCGAGAUGUCAACCAUUCCAAGAUUAUCGAAUGCCGCGUCGAAGAGUUUCACGGCGAGCUCAUUAGGGCCGUCUUGGCUGGGUUUGUGGGCGUGAAUGCACGAACCAUUGAAGCCCUGGAGACAGUCCUGAAGAGCAUGACCAAAACAAUCGAGCAGAGUUCCGGAGAGGCAAUGAACAAAAUGAUUGCGUGCGAGCGGUACGAGUACAUCCGCCAGUCCGACACGGUCAGAUCUUUCGUUCGCCUGGUCAGUUUCGCCGUCACCCAGAGCAUGCGCCAGGUCUCAAGGGCAAAGCAAACUUCGUCUUGGGUCCGCUGCACUAUCGACUACAAUGACUACGAGGCGGGCUUUAACCGCUCCAUGUGGCAGCGCUCGAAGGAACUGAUCCAUGAGCAGCAGAUGAAGGAGAUGGAGGACUUUAUCAACGAGUCUACUGUGGAUAUUCCCCCUUGAGGAAGUUAUUGGCAGUGAUCGGUCGCAAAGGAGAAUCUUAACGUCGCUCUUGUGUAGCGAAUUGUCUUGGUUUUAAUGUCUCGGGUG